UCCGCCGGGCCGCAAAAUGGCCGCCCCCGGGGCCGCGGCGGGCGACUGCGCCAUCGGGAUUCGGGCAGCGGGAUGCGGCCUUCUUUUCUCGGUCCCUAGGGGUGGCUGUGGCUCUAAAGGUGUCUCGGGAUCGGGGCCGGACGGGAGUUGCUGGGGCUGCGGCUCGUCCCAGCUCCCGGCUGAGGCAGCUGGAGCUUCGCAGCUCGGUCGGCGGUGGCCGCGGCGGGACUCGGACCCGCUUCAGGCCCAGCCGGGUGGGCGGCUCCGCAGCACGCCGAGCGGGUGGGCGCCGCUGACUUGAGCGGCGUUCUGUCCUGUAUCGGGGGAUUCGAUGGCUGUUGUGUAUGUUUGUGUAUUAAGAUCGCGUAUUUGUGGUCUAAUAGCCUUCGAGCAUUUGGCUCUGCGUAGCUGUGUGUAGCUCUGCCUGCUGCCCGCUACCUGCUUUAGGGCGCCUCAUGACGUUUGGAUGGGUUCACCCCCGUAGCGCGGGGAGAGCUGCUCCGGGUCAGGGCUGUGCGCUAUGUCUGUUCCAGCUGAGCAGCGGUACUCUACGUGCUUGCCAUCUGGGCGUUCUCCUGGGUAACGCCCUGCCGCUGCCCUCCUGCCCGAGGAGAGCUGCUCAGGCCGUGAGGGCAUUGGGUGGCAGUCGUAGAUGGCUACUGCUUUGACUUCAGUGUCGUUGAUUGCAAUACAGGCAGGAGAAAAGCAGUAGUAACAGUAAUGGUAAGAUGCUGCUCUUUAAAACUAAACUAAGAUAAUGCUUAGAGAAAGAAGCUAUAUCUCUCCAGCCAGUGCAUUUAUGCAAGUACAUGUUUCUUGAUCUGAGCUGUCUUUAUCAUUUAGCUGUUUUUUGUUUUUUUUUUCUGUUUUUUUGGGUUUUUUUUUUGUUUUGUUUUUUGUUUUUUUUAAUUGAACAAAUGUCAGAAAUGUUUUAUUGGGCAUAGAUCAAUAUCUGGAGCAAAACAAAAACAGCAGAUCGGCUCAUCCCUUUUGAUUUGGAUUAGUGGAGCUCUAGAACGUAUUUUCUAUGUCACUGUAUAUGCUGUACUUUUAUAGUAUUUGUGUAUCUAAAGGAUGAUUCUGUUUCAGUUGAUGCUUCCUGUGGAGGUCUCUUGCAAAGCCUUUUUGAUUAGUGCUGCUCAGACUUGCAACAAAGUAAGUAUUAAGAGUGCAUGUCCUUCUACUUACAACUGACAGCAUGUUUUUACCAGUACAGCUGAACUGCUAAUGUAGAAUAUCCAGACCAAAGUGAUUUAAGGCAAAGUUACUUGUUUUCCAUGUUACAACAAUGCAUUAAUAUGGCAACAGCUGUCUAAGUGCAGAAUUUUGUCUUGGCCAGAUUGAUCAGAUGGACUCAAUGAAAGACAUGGGAACUUAGCUAAAAAUACUGUUACUACUGAUAUGUGAACCGAUAAUGUGGUGAUUAUUUAGCACGCAGUAUUAUGAAAUAUAUAUCUUCUCAAAAAACACCUCUUAAUGAAAUAAAACUGUAGCAACAUUAAAUUAUACUUGGAAUUUUGUGGCGGCUUUUAGCGUGCCAUGGAAGGCAUAUGAAUAUGUGACAGCUUUACUUUAUUUUUGUAGUGGCUUUAACUUUCAAGAGUUUACAAUUUAUAAUUGAAGAAUAAAAAUGUACAGUAAACUUAGACAGGAAGCCCCUGUUGUGCUCUUUCCGCUGCUUCUAUCAGCAUUUUUCUGAACCUCUUCAUUUUUUUCAUACAACCUGUUAUGAAAAUGUAAGUAAGAGUGAAUGGAAGUUGAAAUUCAUGAAAGUUGAUAAUUUCUUUAAAUCCUAAGUUACUGAUAACCAGUCAGUGUGUCAGUCAGUCAGUGUAUCAUAUACUGUCUGGGUGAAACGGAUGCAACUUUUCUCUGUUUUACAAAAAUACACCGGAAGUUUAACAAAAGUCAGUCUCAACAAUGUGAGUGAACUGGUACCAGAGAAAUUCUUCACAAGCUGUAGAUUAAUGUGAAGAAUAAAACAAAGAGAUGAUGGUAAUCUGAUGACAUGACUGCAAAGAAAGAAAGCAACUGCAGUUCCUGGGGCAGGCUCCAGACUGCCUGCUUGUGGUGGGUGUUGCAGCAGUGCUGAAGUGCUAGUCUGAGGCUGCAGAUUCUCCACAAAGCAUUCAGUCAGGUGUAAAUAUGCAGGGGGAAAAAAAAAAAAGGGUAAUCCAUUAACAAGGUGGAUAUUAUAAAAGUCUGUGCAAGGCAUCUUGACAGUAAGUAACUAAAAUUCUUAUUUAACCUCAAAGUAUUUUCCCACCUCUAUUUUAUAAAAUUUUCUGUUUCAGGUUUUGUGAAUAAAUGCCUUUAUUUGCACUUCUAACUUAAGCCAACAUGAAUUAAAAGUGAUCUGAUAUUAAAUGAAUAUCUGAAAUUCAUUUCUCAGUCCGUGGAGUAAACUGCAGAAUACCUAGCUCCCUGUUGUGUUUUGUGGAAUGUUGUGAAUCAGAGAUCAUGCUCCCAAAGAAAUUGUGUGGAUUCUCCAGAGGAUGGGUGUUACAGGUUCAGAAAACAAGGAAAUGUCACUGCAGUAACAGUAAUGUCUGCAGGAGUUCAAGCCCCAUCUUCCUUCCAUCAUACAAAUGUUAUGAGCACAUUUUGCAGAGAUCUGUAUAACUGCAAAAUCUCAAAGGGAAACAUUACCAAAUGAGGAGGAAAGGAAGAUGUCAUCGAGUAUCGGCAACAAGGCAUUCCUCUUCCCCAUGCAGUAUUAAGCACUCCCCUACACGAGAAACCUUGACGUACGCUCAAGCUCAAAGAAUGGUUGAAAUAGAAAUUGAAGGUCGCCUACAUAGGAUCAGUAUCUUUGAUCCUUUAGAGAUUAUAUUAGAAGAUGAUCUUACAGCCCAGGAAAUGAGUGAAUGCAACAGCAAUAAGGAAAAUAGUGAAAGACCACCAGUUUGUCUAAGAAGCAAACGGCAUAAAAACAACAAAGUGAAAAAGAAAAAUGAAGCUCUUCCUAGCUCACAUGGCAUACCUGCUACAACAGCUCCUCUUCCAGAACCAAAAGUACGGAUUGUUGAGUACAGUCCCCCUUCAGCUCCUCGGAGACCUCCGGUUUAUUAUAAGUUCAUUGAGAAGUCAGCGGAAGAACUUGACAAUGAAGUCGAGUAUGACAUGGAUGAGGAAGAUUAUGCGUGGUUAGAAAUAAUUAACGAAAAGCGGAAAAGCGAUGGAGUGUCGGUUGUUUCCCAGAACAUGUUUGAAUUCCUUAUGGAUAGGUUUGAGAAAGAGUCCUAUUGUGAGAACCAAAAACAGGGUGAUCAUCAGUCUUUAAUUGAUGAAGACGCGGUAUGUUGUAUAUGCAUGGAUGGUGAAUGUCAGAACAGCAAUGUAAUCCUGUUUUGUGAUAUGUGUAAUUUAGCAGUACAUCAGGAAUGCUAUGGGGUGCCAUAUAUACCCGAGGGCCAAUGGCUCUGCAGACACUGUCUGCAGUCCCGUUCUCGGCCUGUAGACUGUGUGCUGUGCCCAAACAAGGGAGGUGCCUUUAAAAAGACUGAUGAUGAUCGCUGGGGACAUGUUGUGUGUGCUUUGUGGAUUCCAGAGGUUGGAUUUGCCAAUACAGUUUUUAUUGAGCCAAUUGACGGUGUCAGGAACAUUCCCCCAGCCAGAUGGAAGUUAACGUGCUACCUCUGUAAACAGAAAGGUGUUGGUGCCUGCAUCCAGUGCCACAAAGCAAACUGCUACACUGCAUUCCAUGUGACAUGUGCUCAAAAGGCUGGUCUGUAUAUGAAAAUGGAACCUGUGAAAGAACUGACUGGAAGUGGGACAACGUUCUCUGUAAAAAAGACUGCCUAUUGUGAUGUACAUACUCCACCAGGUUGCAUACGGAGACCUCUAAAUAUUUAUGGAGAAGCUGAAAUCAAAAACGGUGUUUGUAGAAAGGAGGGAUCAGUCAGAACUGCUAGGUCUACAUCAAAAGUCAGAAAAAAGACAAAAAAAGCCAAGAAAACAGUUGUUGAACCCUGUACAGUUAUGCCAACCGUAUCUGCUCCUUAUAUUCCCCCCCAGAGAUUAAAUAAGAUUAUGAAUCAGGUGGCCAUUCAGCGGAAGAAGCAGUUUGUUGAACGAGUGCACAGUUACUGGUUGCUUAAAAGGCUGUCUAGGAAUGGUGUUCCUCUUUUGAGAAGGCUACAGUCCAGUUUGCAGUCACAACGAAACACGCAACAGAGAGAAGAUGAUGAAGAAAUGCAAGCCUUAAAAGAAAAAUUGAAGUACUGGCAAAGGCUGCGUCAUGAUCUUGAAAGGGCACGCUUACUGAUUGAGCUGAUACGUAAGCGUGAAAAAUUAAAAAGAGAGCAGGUCAAAAUUGAGCAGGUUGCUAUGGAACUUCAGCUUACUCCGUUCACUGUCCUCCUUCGAUCAGUCCUGGAUCAGCUGCAGGAAAAGGAUUCUGCUCGUAUAUUUGCUCAGCCAGUGAACCUUAAAGAGGUUCCAGACUAUUUGGAUCAUAUUAAACAUCCUAUGGAUUUCUCCACCAUGCGAAAACGGUUAGAUGCUCAAGGCUAUAAAAACCUCAGUGAAUUUGAAGAAGACUUCAAUCUUAUCAUAGAUAACUGUAUGAAGUACAAUGCAAAAGACACAAUAUUCUAUAGAGCUGCAGUGCGGUUAAGAGAUCAAGGAGGUGUAGUUCUCAGGCAAGCUAGGAGAGAUGCUGAAGGAAUUGGUUAUGAUAAUGAAACUGGAAUGCACUUACCUGAACGGCCUAAACUUGAGUCACCACAGCCUUUCUCUUGGGAAGAUGUUGAUAGGUUACUGAAUCCUGCAAACCGAGUGCAUAUGUCCCUGGAAGAACAGCUGAGGGAGUUGCUAGAAAAACUUGAUCUUACCUGUGCAAUGAAAUCCAGUGGGUCAAGGAGCAAAAGAGCAAAGCUGUUAAAGAAGGAAAUCAGCAGUAUUCGCAACAAGUUAAGUCAGCAACACAACCAAGCUCCUCAAAUAGAAUCAGGUAUUGGAAGUUUUGAAGAAGAAAGUGCAGCACUAGAACAAGAUGGAGAAGAAGAAGGAGAUAAAUCUCCCCCUAAACUUGAACCAUCAGAUGCAUUACCUCUUCCUUCAAACUUGGAGACUAAUUCAGAACCACCAACCCUCAAACCAGUAGAACUCAAUCCAGAGCAGAGUAAGCUUUACAAAAGAGUAAAAUUUGAUAAUGAAUUAUAUAGCACUUGCAUUCAGAAAGAAAUAAAUGGACACACUCCAGAACACUUACUUGACAGUAAUCUCAAUGAGUCGACUGUUUCUGCUGUAGCUGAGUCAUCAACUGAUGUAAACAGACGUACAUCCAUUCUCUUCUGCAAAUCGAAAAGUAUAAGCCCCCAAAAGUCUGCAAAGAACACUGAAACCCAGCCAACUUCUCCACAGCUAGGGACCAAAACCUUUUUGUCUGUAGUCCUUCCAAGGUUGGAGACACUUCUGCACCCAAGGAAAAGAUCAAGGAGUGCAUGUGGAGAUUCUGAGGUUGAUGAUGAGUCCCCUGUAAAGCGCUUGGAUACAGGUCUUUCGAAUGGUUUUGGAGACAGCAGUAAAGAGAGAGCGUUAGAUGAUUCUGCAGGGAGAAAAGUUGAACCUCGUCGCCGCUGUGCAUCAGAAUCUAGUAUUUCAUCUAGUAACAGUCUUUUGUGUAACACCAGUUUCAGCCUACCAAAGUGUGGUAAAGGUAAACCAGCACUUAUACGAAGACACACAUUGGAGGAUCGCAGUGAAUUGAUAUCUUGCAUUGAAAAUGGAAACUAUGCCAAAGCAGCAAGAAUUGCAGCUGAAGUUGGUCAUAGCAGUAUGUGGAUUUCGACUGAUGCUGCAACAUCUGUUCUUGAGCCUCUGAAAGUAGUAUGGGCCAAAUGCAGUGGAUAUCCCUCUUACCCAGCUCUGAUAAUUGACCCUAAAAUGCCUCGUGUUGCUGGUCAUCACAAUGGUGUUACUAUACCAGUGCCACCUUUGGAUGUACUGAAGAUUGGAGAACAAAUGCAGACCAAAUCAGAUGAGAAACUAUUCUUAGUACUGUUUUUUGACAAUAAAAGAAGUUGGCAGUGGCUUCCCAAAUCCAAAAUGGUUCCCCUUGGGAUAGAUGAGACCAUAGACAAGUUAAAAAUGAUGGAAGGUCGCAACUCGAGCAUUCGAAAAGCAGUAAGGAUUGCUUUUGAUCGUGCUAUGAACCACCUGAGUAGAGUACAUGGAGAACCAGUCAGUGACUUCAGUGAUAUUGACUAACAGAUUCUACCAAGGCAUGAAAAGUACCACAGACUUGAAAUCUACUUAAGAACCUCCUUGUCUGAAAGAAUGUAUUGAAGAUACAACCCCUUAAUUGUUGAUUCAGUGGCUCAAUUCUGCAAACUUGAAAUUGUUGAGCAAUUCUUCUAAAUCACCAUUGCCAUAUUGACAAAUGAUUUUAUCGUAUUAUAGUUUGGAGGAUUUUCCACUAAACAUAUUAAAACAUCUUGUUCAUAGUGUGCAUAAUUGUACAUAACUGUAUAUUCAACACUUAACUUAUUCUGAUUUUAGAUAGCUCUUUAAUUUCUUUUAUAAUUUUUCUGGGGAGGGAGUUGGUUUUUGUUUCCAUGCUUUUUCUUCUUUCUUUCUAAGUUUAAGUUACCUAAGCACCAUCUUCCAGCUUAAGGUGUUUAGUGAAUUGUAAAGCCUAAUAUCAAAAUUACAUCAAAUAUAUGUUUGCCUAAAUCAUAUACGAUAUGGUGCUGCUUGUAUCAUUUCUUCCUUGGUCUGUAGCUUCUGAAAAAGACUUCUGAAUGUUUGUGUAAAUCAUUGCUCUUUGCACAAAGUACCACAUAUUUUAAGAUUGAUGUAAAUUUACAAUUACAAAUAUGUAUUUUAAGAAAGGAAGUUGCAUUAUUUUGGAGGGUACUUUGUGAGAAAGGCGUCAAGGAAAAAAAAAUUACUAUGUACAUCACUUGCAAAUCACCAAAAACACUCCAUAGUUGCCCAAAAUAGCUUAAGAUUGUUUUUGUUUUAAACAAAUCUGGCUUAAAGCCUGCAAGCACAUUAUUUCUUUCACAACCAUAUCCCAUUUAUCUCCCAUUGAUUUUAUUUUAUUGAUAUAUGUGCCUCCCUGUGUUUUAUUUAUUGUAGAAAAUGUAUUAAUUUGCUUUAUAAUGAAAAAUAAAAUUGACAAAUAUAUUGAUAUGCAUUUUUAUACAGGCACAUGAGAAGACAACUUGCUUUGGGAGAAAAAAUGUAUUGGAAAUUGUAUAAAAUAACUUGAUGGUUUGUGUGUAAUUUGAUUUUUUUGUAACUUGUAAUCUUCUGUUUCCACGGAGGGGAUUUAUGUAACUUUUAAUUUAGAACACUUUGGUAGCAAUAGAAACUUUGGAUACAUUUUUGUAUGGUACAUGUGAUGUAUAUAGAAUUAGUACUUUAUUUUUAUUUUUAAGAAGUAAAGCAUUAUGUUUGGGCAGGGGGAAGAAGGAGGGGGGUUUCCAGAAUUGCAUUUUUAUAUUAAAAAAAAAAAAAUAAAGUCAAGAUAUUGAUUGUUGUAGCUACUUUAUUCCUACCUUCACUGAGAAUACAGAAUUUGUAACAAUGAAAAUGGCAAGGUAUGUUUGCAAUGUGAUUUAUAAUGACUCCAUUAUUUAUAAAUGCACUGUUUGAACUCUUUUGCAGUGAUAUCUUAAAUACUGUACCAAGUUAUAUAAUAUGAAACACCAAAUAAUGCAUAUGAAUGCACGAAGUAUUUAUGCCCAGCUUUUUUUUAUAAAGGAUUAGCAAAUACAGCAAAACCAAUACUUUUUAAACCUUU